UUGUCAACUCUUGUAUGGUAAUAACCGCAUGUGGUUUCGCACGACAUGUGUUCCUUAGUAAUUCAACAUUAUUUAUUAUAAUUGAUUUUCACUAAUUAGGUACGGCUGUUUAUAGUUCAACAUGGGUAAAAAAGGGAAGAUUGGAAAACAACGAAGGGAUAAAUAUUAUCACCUAGCAAAAGAAACCGGUUAUAGAUCACGUGCUGCUUUCAAAUUGAUUCAGUUGAAUCGAAAGUUUGAAUUUUUACAAAAAUCUCGAGUAUGCAUAGAUUUAUGUGCAGCUCCUGGUGGGUGGAUGCAAAUCGCUCGGCAGAAUAUGCCAGUAUCUUCCAUAGUCAUUGGCGUAGAUUUGUUUCCCAUAAAACCAAUUCCAGGAUGUAUCAGUUUAACAGAAGAUAUCACGACAGAUAAAUGUCGUGUUUCAAUAUCUCGUGAAUUAAAGACAUGGAAAGCUGAUGUUGUGUUGAAUGAUGGAGCACCAAAUGUUGGAAAAAACUGGCUCCACGAUGCAUAUCAACAAAUUGUUUUAACUUUAGCUGCUCUGAAAUUGGCAACACAAUUUCUGAGGCCUGGAGGAUGGUUUGUUACAAAAGUUUUUCGAUCAAAAGAUUAUCAUGCAUUGAUUUGGGUUUUGAAACAGUUAUUUAAAAAAGUACAUGCAACUAAACCUCAAGCAUCACGAUCAGAAUCUGCUGAAAUUUUUGUUGUCUGUCAAUAUUAUAUUGCUCCAGACAAGUUAGAUCCUAAAUUCUUAGAUCCAAAAUAUGUUUUUUCUGAAUUAGAGAUAGAUUCAACAAAUAAACUGAAUGUAUAUAAUCCGGUAACGAAGAAACAUAAAGCAGAGGGCUAUCCAGAAAACGAUUAUACUUUAUAUCAUAAGUUAUCAGUUAAAGAUUUUAUAUCACAUGAAAGUGCUGUGGAAGCAUUGCAGAAUGCUUCUGAAAUUGUUUUCGAUGAUGAAACAAUAGCAAGUCACGAGAAGACAACCAAGGAAAUAAAGGAAUGUUGUAAAGAUAUUAAAGUAUUAGGUAAAAAGGAUUUGCGGCGUUUACUUAGUUGGUGGAAAACAAUGAAGGAAUGUUUGAAAGAAAAACAACCGGUAGAAGAAGAUGCAGAAAAAGAUGUGGUGGAUGAGUCAACAAAAGUACCUAUGACUCAAGAAGAACUAGAAGAUUUGGAAGAUGAAGAAAUUAUGAAACAAAUCGAGGAACUUCGAACUGACGAAGCUAGAGACCUUAAGCGAAAGAGGAAAAAGGUUAAUAAAGAAAGACAAAAGUUAAAUGAACGUCUGAAUUUAAAAAUGGUACAUAAAGGAAACGAAGGACCUAUAUUGGAAGGAGACGAAAUGUUUAGCUUGAAACAGAUUAAGACAUUACAACAGUUAGAAAAUGUAACUGAUCAGAAUCCUGAUGUAGUAGCAGAAAGUGAUGUAGAUUCGGAUGAAGGGCAAAGAAAAGUCAAAAAAGUUACAUAUAACAAAGAUGAAGGACAUUUGGAUAGCUCUGGAUUGUAUUAUAAAACAGAGAAUAGCAACUCAGAAGAUUCAAGUGAUUCAUCAGAUGAUGACUCUCAUAGUGACAAAUCAGGCUUAGGUUUGGAUGAGUCUGAUAAUGAAGAUAAAAAUGAAAGAUUUGCAAAGAGAAAGAACGUGGAUGAGGAUUCAGAAAAUCCUUUGUUAACUGAUUUAGAUCAUAGGGAUAAGAAGACUAAAAGAAUUCACAAAGCAGAAUUAUGGUUUGAAAAAGAUGUAUUCAAGAAUUUAGAAAACGAAAAAGAUGAAGAUUUUGAAUUAGAUAAAAUGGUAGAAGAGUACAAGAAAAAAGGUGGACAUUUAAUAGGGGAAGAUAACGAAGAAGAAAACACAACUAUGCAGAAGAAAGUUAUAAAAGAACAAGAUGGCGACGAUGGCAAUGGUAGCGAUGACGAUAAUAGCGAAGAUACAAAUUCUGAUUAUGACAUGCAGGAAAUGAUGGCUACUAAUAAAAAUAGUGUUAAAAAAACUCAAAUUGGGGGCAAAAAUGGUUUUGAAAUAGUAUCACAGACAAAUGGUAUAAAGCCAAUAAAGAAGAAACGUUUGUCAGAAGAAGAUUUAGCAUUAGGGUCAUUAUUAGUUCAAAGUAAGAAAACUCGAAGGGAUCUGGUAGAUUCAGCUUGGAACAAAUAUGCGUUUAACGAUGAAAAGUUACCAGAUUGGUUUGUGCAAGACGAAGAAAAGCACAUGAAGAAAGAAGCACCUGUACCUACGGAACUCGUCGAUGAGUACAGAAAGCGAGUAGAAGAUGUGAAUGUUAGGCCAAUUAAAAAAGUAUUAGAAGCAAAGGCGAGGAAAAAGCGACGAGCAAUGCGUAAAUUAGACAAAGCAAAGAAAAAAGUGGAAGCAAUUAUGGACAACACAGAUAUCAGCGACAGAGAGAAGUCGAAACAAAUACAAGCGCUGUACAAGAAAGCUCAUAAAGAACCGAAGAAAGAUGUUACUUAUAUUGUGGCAAAGAAACAUAUGGCACAAAAGAAAGCGGCGAGACCCGCUGGUGUUAAAGGACGUUACAAGAUAGUCGAUCCCAGAAUGAAGAAAGAUUUACGUGCGGCAAAAGCAAAAGAAAAAACUAAAGGACGUGGAAAGAAAAGUCAUGGCGGUAAACCACCUCGAGGAAAGCCUAAAGUUCACAAAGGAAAGAAAUCAAAAUAAUUUCAUGUACACAAAAAAAAGAAACAAUAAAAAUACAAAACACACAAACAUCUUUCAGGUGUAUAGUAGACGUCACUUUGCAAUGUUUUGUAAUAGUGUAUAUAAUAUAGUGCGUUUUGUAUAUACAUGUGUAUUAAUGUUUAUUGUGUUUAUUACACAAUAAACGAAAUUAAACUAUUUUGUACAUAAAUAUGUUCUAUAUUGAAAUUAUAUUGUUUUACUAAAAUUCGGUUCAGAA